AUGGUGGAAGCAGAGUGGACGAAGGACAAACAGGAUGCCAGAGCUGUCCAGAUGGCGCAGCACCAGCCUGGAGGUCAGCCAGGUGCCCACCACCCUCACCAGCUCCCCUACCCUCACGCUCCAGUACUGGUGGUGCAGCAUCAGCCUGGAGGCCAGGCAGGCUCCCACCACCCUCACCAGCUCCCCCACCCCUACACAACAGAUGAAGAGCUCAGUGCAGAUGAUCUGUGGGAACCAUUGAAAUCUGAGCUGGAAAAGAGAGCUGGAGAUGGCCAGUGUUUUCUCCAGAUGUUUCCUGAGCGAAGAAAAUGGAUGAGCAACUCCAUCCAGGAACUGCGGGAAAUUGCUGAUGAUAUCGAUCAGUAUCACAGAGAUGCCACCAUAGCAAGUGUGGCCGGAUCAUCCGCCAGUGCUGUGGGAGGCAUCCUAACUGCUGCAGGAAUAAUCGCUGCCCCCUUCACAUCGGGCACCUCAUUAGUGCUGUCAGGGGUGGGGGCUGGAGUGGGCAUUGCUGGCAGUGCCACCAAUCUUACAGCUGGGGUCACUGAGACUGUGGCACGAUCUAACAAACAGCAGCGAGUCGAUGAGAUUCUAGAAGAAUACAACAAGGGCUGUAAAGAAAUGUCAGCAUGUUUAAAAGAGGUCUGUGGGGUCAUCAAGCUGUGCUGUGAGGGCCUCGGAGCAGAAGUUGCAUGGCAGCAGAGCGGUGAAGGAAAGCCUGAGUGUGUGAGUGCAGUCUGCAGGCAGGUUACAGGGAGGGAGACAGGAGGUUUAGAUUACAAGCAAGAACAGAGCUUUGCACUGACCCACUCCAUCAAGCAGCUGGCAGCCCUGAGCCGGGAGAUCCCUAAUGCCAGCCAUAUAAAGGAGUCUGUGAGAAUCAACGGCCUGAUCUCGGGAUCUCUCCCACUGCUCUCCCGGGUUGUGUCGGGUGUCCUCUCGGCACUUUCCGUGGUGCUGGAUGUCUUCUCCAUAAUGAAAGACUCCAUUGACCUCAGCAAAGGAAGCAAGACUCGAGCUGCUCAAACCGUACGGGCCACCGCGCAGAGCAUGGAACACGAGUUAAAUGCGUAUGAAGGCAUUUAUAUAUUUCUGAACAAAGUUGUGAAGCUGGAUUGA